AACAAAUAUAAUAAAAGAGAGAAAGUCCAAAGCUCCAUUAUCAGAGAAGAACAAAUACAAGAAAGUUCAAAGCAUCAAACCUAGUGAUACAAAAAAAGAGAGAAAGUCCAAAGCACUAUUCCCAGUGAAGAACAAACACAAGAAA